AUGAUGUACAGCUUCAUGGGAGGGGGCCUGUUUUGUGCCAUUGUGGGGAACAUCUUGUUGGUGGUCUCCACAGCCACAGACUACUGGAUGCAGUACCGUCUGUCUGGUAGCUUUGCCCAUCAGGGCCUGUGGAGGUACUGCAUGUCCGGCAAGUGCUACAUGCAGACUGACAGCAUUGCCUACUGGAAUGCCACCCGUGCUUUCAUGAUCCUCUCUGCCAUGUCAUGCUUUGCUGGCAUCAUUGCAGGAAUCCUCUCCUUUGCCCACUUCUCAGCCUUUGAGAGGUUCAACCGCUCAUUUGCUGCUGGGAUCAUGUUCUUUGUUUCAACUCUCUUUGUUCUGCUUGCGAUGGCCAUUUACACCGGGGUGACAGUGAACUUCCUGGGCAAGCGUUUUGGUGACUGGCGCUUUUCUUGGUCCUACAUACUAGGCUGGGUGGCACUGCUCAUGACCUUCUUUGCAGGUAUAUUCUACAUGUGUGCCUACAGAAUGCAUGAGUGCAGAAGAGUGGCUGGCCCACGUUAAAGUAAACAGGAAAUACUGCGUAGGUGCAAAAGGUGCAAAGGACAUCAAUUCCCAUUCAAAAAUAGAGAACGUAC